GAAAUGGAAGAAGGCAAUAACAGCUCUCAAAAAGGAUUUCUUCUCCUGGGAUUUUCAGAUCAACCUCUGCUUGAGAGCUUCCUUUUUGUUAUCAUUUUGCAUUUUUACAUCUUGAACAUCCUGGGGAAUUCUGCCAUCAUAUUAGUGUCUCUCCUGGACCCGAAGCUUCACACUCCUAUGUAUUUCUUUCUCAGUAAUCUCUCCUGUGUGGACAUCUGUUUUACCACUAGUGUGGCCCCACAGUUGCUGGUUACCAUGAACAGAAAAGACAAGAGCAUGAGUUACGGUGGCUGUGUAGCCCAGCUCUAUGUAGCCAUGGGGUUGGGUUCGUCCGAAUGUGUUCUCUUGGCAGUGAUGGCUUACGAUCGCUAUGCUGCGGUUUGCCAACCAUUGCGUUACACAGCCAUUAUGCACCCCAAGCUCUGUACAUGCCUGGCCAGCAUAGCCUGGCUCAGUGGCCUGGUCACAUCCUUGAUCCAGUGCUCUCUCACUGUGCAGCUGCCUCUUUGUGGUCACCGCAAACUGGACCAUAUUUUCUGUGAGGUGCCCGUGCUCAUCAAACUGGCUUGUGUGGACACAACUUUCAACGAGGCAGAGCUCUUUGUGGCCAGUGUGGUCUUUCUAAUUAUCCCCGUGUCCCUCAUCCUGGUCUCCUACGGCUUUAUAACUCAAGCUGUGCUGAAGAUCAAAUCAGCUGCAGGGCGCAAAAAGGCUUUUGGGACGUGUUCAUCUCAUCUGGUUGUGGUCAUUAUUUUCUAUGGGACCAUCAUCUUCAUGUACCUUCAACCAGCCAAAAGUAGGUCCAAAAACCAGGGAAAGUUUGUAUCUCUUUUCUACACCAUAGUCACUCCACUUUUAAACCCUAUUAUCUAUACUCUGAGAAACAAAGACGUGAAAGGAGCCUUGAGGGCAACGUUGAAGGGAAGUGUUUGGGGGUCAGAAACCUUAUGA